AUGACAGUAAAACAGAGUUUCUGUUUCUGCCACUUUAUGCAAUAACAAAUAAUAAUCAUGAUAACAGAACAAAGUAAUAACAAUCGAUAGCAAUGCUCUAAUGCUACGUAACAUACGACUAUUUUAUACUGAGCCCGACAAUGAAUCUGUUUAUACAGACUUGUCUAAGACAUGGACAGCGAUGAUCCGAGAACGCCGCUUUUAGGUCACGAGCGUCAGAGCCGGAUAAGUCGUGUGGCCCGCAAGCUAUGCGGCCUGGAGUCAUGGCGCAGACGGCUUCCUAUCACAAUCUGGCUACCGAAGUACAGCCUCCAUUGUUUGGGCAGAGAUGCCAUCGCAGGUAUUACGGUUGGACUAACUUCCAUCCCACAAGGCAUUGCUUAUGCUAUGGUAGCUGGUUUACCCCCACAGGUGGGUCUAUAUUCCAGCAUAUUCCCCGGCUUCGUGUACGCAUUGUUCGGUAGUUGCAAGGAUGUGACAGUGGGGCCCACCGCCAUACUGUCCGCACUCCUCGCCAAGUACGUGGCGUUGUCCCCGGACUUCGCCUACCUCGCAUCAUUCCUCUCCGGCUGUGUGAUAAUGCUGUUGGGUGCGCUGCAGCUAGGAUUCCUGCUGGACUUCAUCUCAAAGCCAGUGAUCAGCGGCUUCACUACAGCCGCCGCGCUUCAGAUAUCUGCUUCCCAGCUCAAAUCAUUGUUUAGGGUUACAGGGUCAUCAGGUAACACUUUCAUCCAGGCGCUGGUCAACUUCUUUACGAACAUAAAGACGGUACAUUUGUGGGACAGCGUGCUCGGUAUCGCGUCUAUUAUAUUCCUGUUAUUAUUAAAGCGUGUAAAGGUCCACGGCUUCAUGUCCGGGGCUUGUGAGUACAUGGUGCGCGCCAGGAAUGCUCUGCUGGUCUUCAUCACCUCACUCCUCGCCUACUUCUUGUAUAAAGGCAGUAUUACACCUUUCGCACUUACCGGUAAAAUAGAAGGCGGUCUGCCCGCCUUCGGUCCGCCGCCGUUCAGUACUGUGGUCAACAACCAGACCCUGACCUUCUCAGACAUGCUGCAGACCUUCGGGUUCGAGGGCCUCGCCAUGCCCCUCGUCGCUAUACUGGAGAGCAUUGCUAUAGCUAAAGCAUUCGCGGGCAGUAAGGCGGUGGAUGGCACACAGGAGAUGUUGGCACUGGGCGCAUGCAACAUGGUGUCAUCGUUCGCGCAGAGCAUGCCCGCCACCGGGUCCUUCACGCGCACCGCACUCAACCACGCCUGCGGAGUGAUAACACCCGCGGGCGCAUUCUUUAAAGCGAGCCUGGUGCUGGUGUCGGUGACGCUGCUGACGGAGGCGUUCUACUUCAUCCCGCGCGCGACGCUCGCUGCCGUCAUCAUGGUGGCCAUGCUCUCCAUCAUUGACUUCUCCAUUCUCACCACGCUCUGGCGCAAUAACAAGAGUGAGGUGUCGGUGUGGGCGCUGACGCUGUGCGUGGGCGCGGGUGCGGGCCUGGAGUACGGCAUCGCGGCCGGCGUGGGCGCGGACGUGUUGCGCACGCUCGCCCACGCCGCGCGCCCACACGUGCACAUGCAGCCCUGCAAGGUGGGUGCGGCUGUGUGCUCGCGCGCGGUGCUGCCGGCGCAGCUGCAGUACAUGAGCGGGAGGAGGACGGCGCGGCGGCUGCGGGCGGAGGCUGCACAGCUGCUGCUGCUGGACGCCAAGCAUCUCCGGCACAUCGACCACGGCGUCGCUGAGGACAUAAUAACUGUGAUAGUAGAACUAGAGAAGGAAGGUCGCAGAGUGGCGAUGUGGAACUUCGAGGCGAAGCAUCAGCAGCUCUUUGAGCAGAUCAACUCCGCUAUGAAGGGAAACUUCUUCAACGGUAUUGAUAUAGAACAAUUUAUAUCCGAAGGCGCCGCUAGAAGUACAAACGUUAAUUUUUAAAUAUUUUGUUUUUUAUAAUUAAUUGAGGUUUUUAAUAAAUAAGUGAGUUAAGUUGUUA